AUGUCAGAUACCCAGCAGUUUGAUCAUGAGUCAAUGGUCCGAUAUCUCUUCACCCUGGGAGAUGCCGCCCAGUUGUGUCCGGCUCGCGUGGAGAAACGGGUCUUGAUGUUGGUUCAGUCCAUAUUGGCCUCAUUGCCAGAGCAACAGGGUUCUGUUGGUUCGGAGAAUGAAGACGUCCCUCAUUCACAGAGUCAGUCUCAGCCGCAGUUACAAAGUCAGUCUCAGCUGCAGACUCAGUCCCAGCCGUCCUCGCAACCUCUUUCCCAGUUCAGAGGCUCCAGAAUGCCACCGCUGGUCCGCGCUCAUGCUUUCAUCACUCUUGGUAAGCUUUGUCUCCAACAUGAGGACCUGGCUAAAAAGUGUAUCCCAGCUCUCGCCCGAGAACUGGAGGUCAGCGAUGACAUGGCCAUCCGCAACAAUGUCAUUAUCGUUAUAUGUGACCUGUGUGCGUCCGAUACACAACCAUGGUGGACAGAUACAUCCCCAAUGUGUCUGUGUGUCUUAGAGACCAAGAUCCAUUCAUUCGGAGGCAAACGCUCAUCAUGCUUACCAACCUACUCCAGGAGGAGUUUAUAAAGUGGAAGGGCUCCCUUUUCUUCCGCUUUAUCAGCGUCUUGGUGGAUCCGGA